AUGGAGACAUUUCGGCUAAUAUUUCAAAUCAAAGUUCAAGACCGCGAACAAGACGUAAACCUCGUGUCCUAUUUUCUCGGGUUUCAAAACCGGAGAUAUAAAUGCAAACGACAGAGAGUGGAGAAAGAGGAACACAUUUCUAUGAAUACAAUGAGAAGUAAAGAAGAGUCGAUAGCAAUGAGUCAAUUCCCCCGACGGUUAUCAGUGCCAGUGCUGGUGAGAGACGGCCGGUCGGCCAACAAACCUCCUCUUCAUUGUUCACACUAUUCUCAUGCCAACAAUUUUGGACAAAACAAUCCGAUGCAUGACUUUAAUUAUGAAUUCUUUUGGUAA